AUAUCCCAUUUCCAUUCGAGAAGGAUCUCGAUCUCAUCCAAAGACCCCUUGGAGCCAACAAAAGAAUUUACGGUUUGGGGAGUGCUCAUAGCCAUUACUACUCAUUAGGCGCCUGCCCGAACUCAAAAAGCUGAGUUUUGCUUCCCUUUCGUAUUCAGGUGCAGCGCGGGAGUUGCCGCGUGUUUCGUUACGUGGCACAACUUUGAUAACCUGUCAUUCUCUCUCUCUCUUUCCCACCACUAGAUUAAGCUUUAACCACUAUGCGAUUCAAUCUAGCUGACAAUGGUGGUCUCGAAUUCGAUGACGUCCUUUCAGUAUUGAUCAAGCUGUGCGACGUCUGAAAGCAUCUAUCUUCUCCAGUCCGCUCACUCAAAGCAUCUUCGGCUCCCAGAAAAAUUGUCCAAGCAUGUCUUGCUCGUCUCCAUACUGCUGGUGAAUGUCAGUUCGGCUACCUGCAGUUGCAAAUUUGUCAUGGGCGACUACGAUUCAGAGGAUAUUCUGAAGGACUUCUACAUGCCAGAUUACAUCCUAGGACAUGGAUCAGAAAAGGUCCGGGAUUUGUCCCAUGUACCUGCUUGUCCAGUCAUAGUGUUCAUAAACUCCAAAAGUGGUGGUCAGAGAGGUGGAGAUCUUAUUAUUACCUAUAGGACUCUCCUUAAUAAAAAGCAGGUUUUUGAUUUGGUAGAGACAGCUCCUGAAGAGGUGCUACAACAGCUUUAUGAAAAUAUAGAAAAUCUGAAAGAGGAUGGUGAUCCUUUGGCCAGUGAAAUCCAGAAAAGACUGAAACUGAUUGUUGCAGGUGGGGACGGCACAGCUAACUGGCUUCUUGGGGUAGUUUCUGAUCUCAAAUUAUCUCCACCACCUCCAGUUGCUACUGUGCCUCUUGGAACCGGAAAUAACCUUCCAUUUUCCUUUGGCUGGGGAAAGAAAAAUCCCGGGAUAGAUAGGCAAUCUGUGAUGUCUUUCCUCAAUCAAGUGAAGACUGCAAAAGAGAUGAAGAUAGAUGGUUGGUAUUUGGUCAUGCGAAUGAGGGCUCUUAAGGAAGGUUCAUAUGAUCCAAUCGCACCAAGUGGACAAACCAAGUCAUUGAAUGCAUUCCGACAGGUCUUUAAGCCAGAUACCUUAUACAUGGAUGGGUUCCACACAUUUCGUGGAAGAUUUUGGAACUACUUUAGCAUGGGAAUGGAUGCACAAGUAUCAUAUGCAUUUCACUCAGACCGGAAGUUACACCCAGAGAAGUUUAAGAACCAGUUAGUUAAUCAAAGCAAUUAUUUAAAGCUUGGAUGUACUCAGGGAUGGUUUUGCACAUCUUGUUUCCACCCUUCUUCACGGAACAUAGCACAGCUGGCAAAUGUCAGGAUAAUGAGAAGACAAGGUCAGUGGGAGGAUCUCUAUGUACCUCGGAGUAUCCGGUCCAUUGUGUGCCUCAACUUGCCCAGCUUUUCUGGAGGACUUGAUCCAUGGGGAACGCCAGACCCUAAAAAAUCACUUGAGAGAGACUUGACACCUCCAUAUGUUGAUGAUGGCCUAAUUGAGAUCGUUGGUUUUAGAGAUGCUUGGCAUGGACUAAUAUUACUACUCCCGAAAGGACAUGGAACUCGCCUUGCACAGACAAAUGCAGUUCGUUUCGAGUUUAGAAAAGGAGCAGCAGAUCAUACCUCCAUGAGAAUUGAUGGGGAACCCUGGAAACAACCAUUGCCAGUGGAUGAUGGAAGUGUCACUGUGGAGAUUUCCCAUGCGGGUCAAGUGAAAAUGCUCGCGACCCCAUUUUGCCGGUCUAAAAGUAUACAUGAACCUUCUUCAUCGGGUAGUUAACAGAAUGCAGGGGGCAAUGGUUGAAGAAAUGCUCAGGAAAGUGGGAAAAGAAGAGAAGGCAUAAUGUCGGCAGAGUUCACAUUUUUGCUGGUAAGUUUAUUUGAUGAGCCUGAACCUCUAGAAUAACUUCAACUUCAAGAUUGAUGCAUUGGAGCCUGUUCUGUCUAGCCGAGUCCUGUCCAAUGGAAGAAGCGUUACGGCA